UAUCAAUGGUGCUCUUGCCCACUUCGAGAUCGUGACCUUGCGCUUGAUCCUGCACUGGACCCAGCAUUGGAGCCUAAACUAGAACCUGCAGAAGACGAAGCACUUGAUCCAGCACCCGAACUACUUGCAGAACCUGACCCAGAGCCAAAAGCUGAAGCUGAGCUUGAACCACCAUUACCACCACCAGUGCUACCUAAUCCAAUACCAACUCCAGCACCGAGUCCAACCCCAAGGCCCCCUCCUGAGCCUGAGCCCGAACCUGAACCUGAACCUGAACCAGAUCCCGAGCCUGAUCCAGAACCAGAGCCGGAGCCACUGCCACCUAAACCUAUACCAACUCCAACACCAAGCCCAAGGCCCAGACCUCCUCCCGACCCUGAUCCAGAGCCCGAGCCAGACCCUGACCCUGAGCCUGAUCCCGAGCUACCAGAGCCAGACGAAGACGCUGAACCGGAGCCGGAGCCGGAACCCCCGGCACCAACGCCGAUCCCGAUCCCGAUCCCAAGGCCAUUCCCGAGGUUGAUGCCGAGGUCCUUCCGAGCAGCACGGCUCUCGCCCACCGCCGCCAGCAACGACACGGCGAUCGCGAGCACAAUUCCUAAUGGAAUGGCCUUCGUGCAGACCAUCGCGCCUUGUUGAUCUGGACUGUGUAAAAAACAGG